GCGCUGAGAGCAGGGUGGAUGCGCCGAUACUGUAUUCCAGCCUCAAUAAUUAAAGACGGUACAACAAACGAAAGUUACUGGAAGCCGCUCGUUUCGAACACCCACGUUGUGAUUAGUUUGCAUCAUCAGUAACAUUUAUUAUCACGGAGAUUGGUAACUGAUUACUAAGAAAUACUGCAACCUACAUUUUUUAGAACAUUUUCCCAGGAAGUAAUACUCUAGAGAUGUGUCCCAAAGAAGAGUGAACUGAAGAAGAUGCUAAUUGUAGUUCUCAGCAAUCUGGGCAACUCUUUUUAACACACUUUCAAACUGACGAAAGGGGAUGAGAGUUAAGCAGCCCGCAAACAGACAUACACAGCACUGUACGAAUACACAAAGUCGCCGGACUGAAUAAAUGUGGCACGGUCUAAUGUUCACAACCCUCGCCGAGGUUCACAUACCCAAUCUGCACCAUUUCACAAGCAAACCUGCAUUUACAGCAGAUGGUACGGGAGCAAUACACCACCACGACGCAGGGCACUAGCCUGCAGAGGCCGGACAACGAGUAUGUCUACAAAAUCGGGAUCUACGGCUGGAGAAAGCGCUGCCUCUACCUGCUCGUCCUGCUUCUGCUCAUCAUUUUGGUUGUGAACUUUGCACUGACUAUCUGGGUCCUCAGAGUGAUGUGGUUCAAUCCGGAAGGAAUGGGACUAUUGAAAGUCACUAAAGAUGGGCUUCGACUAGAAGGAGAGUCUGAAUUUCUAUUUCCGCUGUACGCCAAAGAAAUUCACUCCAGAACAGACUCAUCCCUGCUUCUGCAUUCAUCUCAAAACAUCGUGGUCGAUGCUCGUGACAUGAACGGGAACGUGACGGGCAGACUAACAGUAGGUCCAAAAGCAGUCCAAGCCCACGGCCAGCAGUUUGAGAUCCUCUCCAACGAGGGGAAAAUGCUUUUCUCUGCCAAUGAAAACGAGGUGGUGGUCGGGGCGGACAAACUUCGUGUAACAGGCCCUGAAGGCGCUGUCUUUGAGCACUCUGUGGAAACACCGCAUGUCAAAGCAGAUGCAUUCAAGCAGCUCAGGCUGGAAUCUCCAACGCGUUCCCUGAGCAUGGACGCCCCCAAAGGGGUUUACAUCAAAGCACAGGCAGGGAACAUCGAGGCUACUUCUCAGAUGGACAUUGUGUUGCACACAAGCGAAGGAAUGCUGGUACUGGACUCUGAGACUGUGCGUCUGCCCAGGCUUCCUCGAGGUUCAAGGGGAGUGCCCGGGAAUUCUCAGGGACUUUACGAAGUGUGCGUUUGCCCAGACGGAAAGCUGUACCUGUCAGUGGCAGGCGAGGGCUCCACGUGCCACGAAUACAGCGCGUGCUAGUGACUCAUCCCUGGAACCCACUACCUGAAGGCCUUUGCCGUGGGAACUGUGGAAUAUUUCACUGGUAAUAUCUGUCAACGUUAAACACAAACAUGUUUCCAUCCAGGAGGAGUCACAAAGAAGAAGCGACGAAGGACUGUUCCUGAAAUCUUUUCAUUUCUGAGCUGGUGAUAAAUAGGCGUUCCAUAUCGAAGAGCACAAACAGCUAAAAGAAAACUGCCAGCAGGACAGAAUAUGCGUCCUUGUUUAUAUGGUUCCAGUGGCAAAACAGCUUUGAAAUGUAAUGUGGGAAAAACACGUGCAUCCUUGAAUAUUUUACUAGAGAUUCAGUAUCGAUGUUUUCUACUCCUGCUGUCUAUCGGUGACUGCCGAUGUGCACUGUGUUAAUACAAAAUGCCAUCACGAGAUUUGACGUUUCGGACCUUUUCUUACACUGGCAGAACAAUGUGCUGUUGCUGGGUCACUUGUAGCUGGUAACAGCUUUCUUUCUAUGCAAUCCUGUACAAGUUGUUUUGUUUUUCUUCCUUGCAAUAACACACAUGCUUGUUGUUCUCUUGUGUGAAUUGCACACCAUCUAUCAGAUACUCAUAUACUUUGGAGGAUGUUGUGUGGGGGUUAUUUAGUUUCUUUUUUUCCUAGCUGUGCUUGAGACACACAGCACCCCUGUAUUUAGAGGUUGGUUGUGAUUGACUUUGAUGUAUGUAACCCUUAGACAUGUUUCCCAUGGUAAAAGCCUAGUUACAUACAGAAAGCGUGGUAAAGGGUAAGUCAGCAUUGUAAAGCACAGAGAGGUAUGCUAAAGCAUAUUGAAAACAAUUAAAUAACAUGGCGAACCAUGGUAAAUGCAUAGUUUACCAGCAUGGGAAAAACUGCAAAUAUACUGUGCACAUUUACAGUGGUAAACGUGUAGAUGUGAAAGGCUAUGCUGUGGAAACAGUAGUAUUUGGUAGUCUCAUAGUCUCAGUACAUCCUUAUAACUUGCAAGCUGUUGCAAUUUUCCAUGUACCAUAGUGUUGGAAACUGUAAACUUCACACCAUAAAAUAAAUUAAAACAUCAAAUCAAA